AUGUCUCUAAAACAGGAAAUAGAGACCUGGGUCGCCGCCCUGGGGCGCUACGACAAUAAUGAGUUCGACGAGGCAUUGAAGGAGUUCGAGAAGGUUGCCGAUACGUCUAAGAUUCUCUUCAACAUGGGCGUCAUCCAUGCCACUCUCGGCGAGCAUGAGAAGGCCGUCGAAUGCUAUCAACGAGCAAUCAGAUUAGAUCAAUACCUGGCGGUGGCAUAUUUCCAACAAGGCGUCUCAAACUUCCUGCUUGGCGACUUCGAGGAGGCAUUGGCAAAUUUCAAUGAUACAUUGCUCUACCUUCGCGGCAACACGAUGAUCGACUACGCCCAAUUGGGUCUUCUAUUCAAGCUGUACUCUUGCGAAGUACUGUUCAAUCGCGGUCUCUGCUACAUCUACCUCCAACAGAAAGAUGCCGGUAUGCAGGAUCUGUCUUACGCAGUGAAGGAGAAGGUGGUUGAAGACCACAAUGUCAUCGACGAGGCAAUCAGGGAGGAGGCAGAGGUAAUUGUUGCGAGCUCAGUUAUAUGUGUUCUAUCGCUAAUCUUUCUCGAGGGUUACACCGUCUUCUCCAUCCCGGUUGGUGUUGUCUAUAGACCAAACGAGGCCAAGGUCAGGAAUCUGAAGACCAAGGACUACCUCGGAAAGGCUCGAUUGGUCGCCGCCUCGGAUCGUGCUAAUGCUUUCACUGGCUUUGCUGGAUCUGAGAUCAAGAACGCCGGUAAAUCCGAGACCAAGGAUGACAGACCAGCAGACAAUAUUUCGUUUGCUGCAACGAAUCUUGUCAAGCCUGGAUUGCAGAGUCGAAGACAGCAGUCAGAGCCACCUGUUGGCCGUAAUGUCUUUCCACCCACGCCACCACCCGAGAAUGACAAGCCUAACACGAUGAGCCGAGGCGCUUCUGUUCGAAACGGCCCGAAGCCGACGCCAGCUAAACUCAACAUUGACAGAGCGAGACCAAAUGAUAAGUACGAGAAGACUAGCUCUCCUCAAGAUCAAAGGGCACGACCAUCCAGGGCGGCAUCAGCAACACCCAGCAGAGGUUAUUCUCAGAGGCAAGAUCCGGGCAGGAGCAGACGAUCCAAUGAUGAAGAGGAGGAUGCCUAUCCUGACGAGCUAUACGACAUGUACCAAGGUGGUGGCGGAGCUCGCCGUUCACAAGGUCGCAGCCGACAACAGUCUCGUCAAUACAUCGAGGAAGAAGACGAGGGUGGCAGUGACUAUGACGAUGGCUCGUUCGACGAAGGCGACUUCGAAAUGGUCACAAAUACGAGGCGGGGAACCGGCUCAAUGUCCACUUCUUCUAGAGGCCAAUCCAGGAGACCCGAUAUCCGAAAGGUCCGCGUCAAGGUGCACGCAGACGAUGUUCGCUACAUCAUGGUUGGCGCUGCUGUUGAGUUUCCCGAUCUGGUUGAUCGUGUCCGAGACAAAUUUGGUCUCCGCCGACGCUUCAAGAUCAAGGUUCGCGAUGACGAUACCCCAGAUGGUGACAUGAUCACCAUGGGUGACCAGGACGAUCUUGAGAUGGUCAUGAUGACUGUCAAGUCCCAAGCACGGAAACAACGGUUAGACAUCGGAAAGAUGGAGAUCUGGAUUCAGGAACUAUGA